GCGGCGUGGGCUGGAGCCCCUCUGCAGGCUGGCCGUGCAGCUCAGCUGGGUGCGGGAGCUCUGCCGCCACCCGAGGCCACGGACUCCAUGGCGCAGUUUGCGGAGGAGGUGGAGCUUCUGGUGUGUCUGGGCACCUGUCUGCCCAGCCCCACACCUCCCGAGUACCGCGGCUGAAGUGACUAAACUAAGCAGAGAGCUGGGAGAGCUGAGAGAAGGGCCUGGCAGCACAGCAGUACUGGUGGUACUGGCAGAAGGAAAAGAGAGAGCCCUAUGUGAAAUUUAUGGACACAAAUUACCCACCUGGCUUCAGCUAUGAAGAUUUUGGUCCUCUGUUUACAGCAGAAUUCUUUGAUCCCAACCAAUGGGCAGAUAUUCUGAAGGCUUCAGGAGCAAAAUAUGUUGUCUUAACUUCAAAACAUCAUGAGGGCUUUACUUUGUGGGGGUCCAAAUAUUCUUGGAACUGGAAUGCUGUUGAUGUGGGACCAAAGCGAGAUCUUGUUGCUGAAUUAGCAACAUCUGUUAGAAACAGGACUGACUUGCAUUUUGGGUUAUACCAUUCCCUGUUUGAAUGGUUCAAUCCUCUCUUCCUUGAGGAUGCCACCAAUGCCUUUAACACAAGCAAGUUUCCAACCAGCAAAUCGUUACCAGAACUCUAUGAAAUUGUGACCAAGUACCAGCCAGAAAUAAUUUGGUCUGAUGGGGAUGGAAAUGCUCCAGAUACUUACUGGAACAGCACUGGUUUCUUGGCUUGGCUGUAUAAUGACAGCCCGGUCCGGGACACAGUAGUGACCAAUGACCGCUGGGGAGCUGGCAGUAUCUGUGCCCAUGGCGGCUUCUACACGUGCAGUGACCGCUACAACCCCGGGCACCUCCUGCCCCACAAGUGGGAGAACUGCAUGACCAUCGACCGCAGCUCCUGGGGCUACCGCAGGGACGCGCGGCUCCGGGACUACCUCCCCAUCGAGGACUUGGUGAAGCAACUUGUAGAAACAGUGUCUUGUGGAGGAAAUCUCCUGAUGAACAUUGGGCCCACCCACGAUGGUCGCAUCGCUGUUGUGUUUGAGGAGCGCCUGAGGCAGGUGGGCUCAUGGCUGAAGGUCAAUGGAGAGGCCAUCUAUGGAACGAAACCAUGGAGAGCACAGAACGACACAGUCACACCUGGAGUCUGGUACACGUUCAGCCCUAAAGAAGGGGAAGUCAGUGCUAUCUUCCUUAACUGGCCAGUCUCUGGGAUUCUGGAACUUGGUGAGCCACGGGCUAAGCUUGGAGAAACACAGGUGAAGCUGGCUGGAUACAGGGAACUGCUGAAAUGGGUUGCCCUGGGAGAAAAGGGAAUGGUUAUUGCUCUACCUCAAUUGACUCCUCAGCAAAUGCCAUGUCAGUGGGGCUGGACCUUACAACUGACGGACGUAGACUGAGCCAUACUCUGGCUAGCAGGGAGUGCUGAUGUUUUUUGCUCUUUCUUAUCACUGGUUUUAAACUUGUUUGACUGAGAAAACCAAUCAAUUCACUUUUUCUAUGAGUGGUGGGCUGUUAUUAAAGGAUGGAAUGGAACAAACCUCACGAAGUCUAGCACUGGAUAAUUGAUCCUCUGCACACAGUUUGUUUAUCUGAACUUGUGUGAAAUACUGAGCAGCUACCUUGACCUCUACACUUGGUUUCGUCAGUUUCUGGCCAAGUUAUGUGAAGAAUGAGGUGGGGGGGAACAGGCACUAGACUUUCAGAGACAAAAGAAAGAAUAAAGCUCAAGCCAGUGUUCAAAUGCA